UGUAGAUGAUGCUUGUGACCCAGAGAAUAACCCCAGCUGUUCUGUGGGUGAGGCAGCACUAACCCCGAGGAACAGAGGUCACAUGGACAAAGCCCACGUUAAUCCCCCGCCCAGCCGGAGACGAACCAGAGCCUCCAAGCGACCCGACAGGGCUCUCUAUACACCCCAAACAGCCCGACAGCGAUCGUCCUUCCCACAAGACCCACCAGCACAGGGCAGAGCCCCGGAGCCGGCCAGCUUGAGCUCCUGCAGUACCACAUCGGAAUCCAAACUUUUCACUGACACACCCAUGGCCAUGCCCUCUCAUGUUUCCAGUAUGCCCCACGACGGUACCCAUGGCGGAGAUUUCAACAGCCCAUUAAAGAAUUUGGAGACAGCAUUGCCCGAGGCGGAUCCCUUGACAUGGUCCUUCUCCUUAGAGCAGACCAUGUCUGACUUCACUGGCAUGAAACUGGAUCAGGGCAGAUGGGGGGGAAAGCCGAAGCUGGAGGAAGAGGCCGAAGGGGGUGAUGAAGAGGAAAGGGGGACGGAAAUGGCCAGCCCCUGUGAUGCAAACCUGACUGAAGACAUUAAAACGCUUAUAAUAACUAAAUUAACCGAUGAGAUUUCCGCAGGGCUGAAGGAAACUGAUGGGGUGGUCCUUGAGUAUGCCCAUAAUGACUACUCUCCUUUUGAGACCGUGUUGAUGAAUACUGCGGAAUUCGGCCAUGUGAUCGAGAUCUACGGCUUCCCGGCUGUGUUCAAGACAGAUGACCUGAUCGAUGCCUUCACAGAUUACAGUGCUGGAGGAAUGAAAAUCACAUGGGUGGAUGACACGCAUGCCCUGGCGAUUUUCUCCAGUGAGACUGCAGCACACCAUGCCCUCAGCAUCAACCAUCCGCUCCUCAAGACGCGCACACUCUCACAGGCGAGCCAGCAAUCCAAAGCUAAAGCCGGCCAAAGAGCAGAGUUCAUCCAGCCGGUGAAGGAGCGUCCCAAGACUGACUCGGCUGUUGCCAGGCGCAUGGUCACCAGGGCUCUGGGGAUACAAACGGGACGGGUCAAGCGUUACUGAAGAGGAGCCCAGAGAUCCUUGUGGACUAACAGGAGGACUUGGCAGACAUCUGGUGACAUUUAAAACAUUACAUUUUCUUGAGCUGCCAACAUCGACACUUCAGGAUUCAUCCAGCUGAGGAGGCAGUGAAGUGAACUCACUGUCACACACCACGCUGCCAACGUUCUCAUGAGCCUAAUGGAAACCUGUCUAGCAGAAUCACUCAAGGGUUCUAUAGAGUAUUUUCACCGUCAGUAUCGAUGUUUUGUUUACGUUGAUAUGUUUUUUGUCACAAGUUCAAGUGGCAAACUAUAUUUUCAGGUGUUGUCGAUGGGGGUUUUACUUUUUGCGUAAUGAUCCGUCAAUUGUUGAAUUUCAUAAAAAAAAUAAGUGUUUGUUACAAUACCCUAAUGUUAAGGAGUCAAACAUAUGUCUAUCUCACUCAAUAAAAUAUAUAUAGUGUGGAAGAAAAUAUAUUUUUUAUUUCAUAGUACCGUAUACGUUUUAUUUCACAGUAAUUAAGAUUGUAAUUUAAAUUGUAAUUGUUUAAAUUAAAAAGGUUUGGAGGGUGAUAAUCAUACCUAUAUGACAGUUGUACAUCCAUAUCCUGUUUCCGUCGUAUCUGCAGCGGCACUUCAUGAUGUUGUUGCUGUAGUCAGACUCUGCGACUUCAAAGUUGGGAUUGAUCACAACCUAGAAGUUUAUGAAAUAGAAUGGUGUGGGAAAAAAGGGCUGUUAGCAAUUAACUUGACAUUAUUAUAAUUUAAUAUGAACACAAUGUUUGUUUUUUUCACUAAUUCAAGUCAGAAUGUAUAAUGUGUGAGUGGGAGAGGUUUUGGGAGUGUCACUGCUAAGAUUAUUGUAAACAAAAAGAGGUAUGGGCUGACCAGUCAAUAUUCAUUUGUAGGAUAUAUUAGUUGUAGGAUUUCAUAACAUUGAAGAGUUCAGAGAGGGCUUAUAAGUUAUCAAAUAUAAAUCGAACAAGACUUAAAAAUAAGGCAUAAGACGAUGAAAUAAAAUUGUAGCAAAGUAAGAUCAAGUAAAAGACAUUUCCGCCGAUGUCUCAUUAGUUCAUUAGAGGUGCAGUGUAGGAUUUAGUGGCAUCUAGUAGUGAGGUUACAGCCAGUAACUGAAUACUCAUUCUAUACACACUGCACCUUUAACUCAUUAGCGUUUGUUGGCGGGUGAGAGUUAUCAGGAGGUUUGGCUUAGUGCACACCUGGAAGAUGUAGUCCCCUGGCUUGACGUCCGUCACAUCGAUCCACUGACAGUCAAUGUCGUGCCUGUAGGUGUCCCAGCAGCCCGUUGUGAUACCCUGGGCGCCGAAGUUGGCACACUCAAACUUCUUCUGAAUACCUGUGAACCAAUCACAUUUGUUCCUUAGGAGUGUACCUUGUAGUCUUUUAGUAAUAGAAGCCACACCGCAAAAAAGGUUUUCAUUGAUCAAACCCGACAAAAAAAGAGAUGAUUCAGACCCAUAUUUUCUACAUGAUCCAAUAUGAACACAAUAAGUUGAUUCAAACUGUCGUUGGAAAGGAUUUCUAAGACAUGGGCCAAUAUAUUUUCCUUAUUGAAGAAAUUGGUUUGACGAACCAUGGCUCAUUUUAAUUAACAUGGCAGAGGGUCUUGCACUUAACAAAUAAAAUAGGUGAUUUGAGGUUGAAGCACUUACGUGUGUAAUUUAGAAAAAUGUCAGUUUUCUAAGUAUGCAUCAGAUCUAAAACCAUGUCUGCUCCUCGUUGAUCAUUGUGAUUUAAGGAUUUACUCAAAUGCUACAUUAAACAAAACAAGGUACUAUUUGUGACCAUUGUUUGCCUUGGAAACAGGACAGAAUACUUUGGCCUUAUGCCAUUUCCUAAAGCUUGACACCACCGUCCUUGUAGACCUUCCAGUAAACAAUAAUCAACACUUAACAAACAGAGAAGGGAGAUUCUGGUACCUUCUUCACAGUGGCUGUCUUCCAGACAGAAGCUGGCCUUGUGGCCCUCUGCAAUCUUGGUACCGUUCAGACUGAAGAGGUCGUAGUGGGUAAACACCUCCAUGCUGUGGUAGUGCCUGGACCAGAAAGGAGGUGUUAGGUAGAGUUGUAAUCAUUGAAGCCCCAUGGGGAGGCCAGGCCAACGUCUAACCCUAACGCCUAAUAACCAUUUGGCAAAGGCUUUGUGGCAAACGGUUUCCAGCUUGUUUGUUUAGAUUAAUUAUUAUAACCCAGUGAACAGCACGGUUUGACCCAUCAUUUCUCCUGAGAACAAAUAACUGUGAUUUAACACUUUGCAACACUACUGCUCUUUCUUGUAUCUGUGACCUUAUU